AUGCAAUUCUCAAACACUAUUUUAUUAACCAUUGGUGCUGCUUUAAUUAACGCUCAAUCAACCGUCACUGUUGAAUCAGAAACUUUAGUCACAAUUACUUCAUGUACUGGUCCAGAAGCUUCAACUGCUUGUCCAGCUAUUGAAUCAUCAUCAGUUAUUGUUUCAAACUAUUCAGUUCCAGCUAAUGUUUCAACUUAUGAAGGUGAUUCAAAUAAAGUUGCUGUUGGUGCUUUUGCUUUAGCUGCUGGUGCUUUAUUAGCUUUAUAA